GGCGGCCGGUGGGCAGCCUGCGGAGUUCGGGGGCGGGAGUUCGGGGGGGUCCUUUGGGGCAGGACCCGCCCCUUGGUCUCGUCUAGUCCCGGCCCUGACUCUGAUCUUUUCGUGUCCGCCGCCGGAGUUCAAGAGGACGGAGUUAAGGUUUCAGAAUGACUUCCAUCUUGACUUAUACAUUUAAAAAUCUUCCCAAUACAUCAAAAUGGGCCCUCCAAUUUUCCCUAAGACCUCUGAGCUGUUCCUCCCAGCUACGAGCUGCCCCAGCCGCGCAGACCAAAUCAAAGAAAACCUUAGCGAAACCCAACAUGCGGAAUAUCGUGGUGGUGGAUGGUGUUCGCAUUCCGUUUUUGCAGUCAGGCACUUCGUAUAAGGAUCUGAUGCCACAUGAUUUGGCUAGAGCAGCGCUUUCGGGUUUGCUACAUCGGACCAAUGUCCCAAAGGAUGUUGUUGAUUAUAUCAUCUUUGGCACAGUUAUACAGGAAGUGAAAACUAGCAAUGUGGCUAGAGAGGCUGCCCUCGGAGCUGGCUUCUCUGACAAGACUCCUGCUCACACCGUCACCAUGGCCUGCAUCUCUGCCAACCAAGCCAUGACCACAGGUAUUGGCUUGAUUGCUUCUGGGCAGUCUGAUGUGAUUGUGGCCGGUGGUGUAGAGUUAAUGUCUGAUGUCCCCAUUCGUCAUUCAAGGAAAAUGAGGAAAAUGAUGCUUGAGCUCAAUAAGGCCAAGACUCUGGGUCAGCGACUGUCUUUAUUCUCGAAAUUCAGACUGAAUUUCCUAGCACCUGAGGACCAGGAUGAGUAUGCCCUGCGCUCACACAGCCUGGCCAAGAAGGCGCAGGAUGAAGGACUCCUGUCUGAUGUUGUGCCCUUCAAAGUACCAGGAAAAGAUACAGUCACCAAAGAUAAUGGCAUUCGUCCUUCUUCUCUGGAGCAGAUGGCCAAACUAAAACCUGCAUUCAUCAAGCCCUAUGGCACAGUGACAGCUGCAAAUUCUUCUUUCCUGACUGAUGGUGCGUCUGCAAUGCUGAUUAUGGCAGAGGAAAAAGCUCUGGCCAUGGGUUAUAAGCCGAAGGCAUAUUUGAGGGAUUUUGUGUAUGUGUCUCAGGAUCCAAAAGAUCAACUUUUACUUGGACCAACAUAUGCUACUCCAAAAGUUCUGGAAAAGGCAGGAUUGACAAUGAAUGAUAUUGAUGCUUUUGAAUUUCAUGAGGCAUUCUCAGGUCAGAUUUUGGCUAAUUUUAAAGCCAUGGAUUCUGAUUGGUUUGCACAAAACUACAUGGGUAGAAAAACCAAGGUUGGGUCACCUCCUCUGGAGAAGUUUAACAACUGGGGUGGAUCGCUGUCCCUGGGACACCCAUUUGGAGCUACUGGCUGCCGGUUGGUCAUGGCAGCUGCCAACAGAUUGCGGAAGGAGGGAGGCCAAUAUGGCUUAGUGGCUGCCUGUGCAGCUGGUGGGCAGGGCCAUGCUAUGAUUGUGGAAGCUUAUCCAAAAUAAGAGAUAAUGAAGAGGUGACCUGGAGUUUCUGUGCAACACUCGCACUAGGCAAUGCCAUUCCAAUGCAUUACUAAAUGACAUCCAUAGUUCCUAGCUCCUCUUAGGAAAACACGAUCUGUGGCCUUCUGUUAAAUACUUUGCAAUUAAGCCUUGCUAUAGUGCUCUGAGCUUUCCAGUAAUCAUGGCUUACUGCUCUUUCAGGGAUUUCUUAGUCACCAGAAUCACAUAGUGAUAACGUUUAAGCAAUUGUUUUUGGUCUCUAUUUUCAUUAAGUACUCCAGAGUGGUUGCAAUUUGGGGAAGAGGUUAGCUGAGAUCUGGAAUCAUCUUUGUAACAUUUGCAAAUUAUACUCUUUCCUGUUUGUGACCUAAAGACAAGUGUUUUCUAUAAAAUACAAACCAAUGUGCCUAAAGAAACUUAAUUAUGGAAAGGUAAUUCAGAGUUUAAAUGUUCCUGACAACUUACAGUAAAUGUUUAGAUGUAUAAGUACCCUGUUAACCUUAAUAAAGUGAGGAAGUGCCAAA